CCAUCACCGACGUCCCUGUGGUCUUGGUUUAUGCAUUGGUCGAGUUUGGAGGAGGAAUCGACGGCUGAAAGCUUCUGCAGCUCCGGCGGUUCUUCGAUUCAGUUUUUCGGCGACUCGAUCACCGUUGGCGGUGCUGCUGUGCUCUGGUAGCAGCCAGGCUUCUUCUAUUUCUUUAGUUUUCAUAGAUACACCAAGCGAAUUAAAUUGAAACAAGUAGAAAAGUCCCAUCAUUAAUUUCACUCUAAACAUCUGUUUCCCCUCUCUGCAACUCUUUGCAUUCACAGACCCAAAAAAACUUUUUUCAUUCAAACUUUCUCCUCAAAAUCAAAACCAAAAAUUAUUUCCUUGUAAUUUGUUCUGCUAUCUUUGGCUCAAUCAGAUCCAAUUUGUCUGUGUCCCCCUCUUCAUGAGGAGAAUGCCUAAUACAAAUCGAGUUGUUAAAUCAAUUUGAGCUCUUCUGUUAGAACUCGGAAUCCAUAUUCCAGUCCAGUCUAAUCGUGUGUGCCAAACACGACCUCACAUCAGGGAGGACAAGAAUAAUGGGUCGGGUCACCUCUCGACCCAAUAAAUUUUUUAGGCCCAUCGAUAAACCCAAGCCCAUAAAAACCUCCCGGAUUAUUCGGUUGCAUUCGGCAAGACUCGGCUCGUAAUCCUCCUCUCGGUUUCUGAUUCAUGUGGGCGUCUGUCACCCAUAGCCACCUUCAAAUUCUACGCUACUGUCGUGCUUUCCUUCCACGUAGCCCUAAACCUCUCCCUCUUCUUUUCCUUCCCAGCCUAACGUUCAUGGACAACAGAACCACCACCACCACCAGCAAUUCCUUCGCUCCUUUUGCCCGUAAUAACACAAGAGGAGGAGGCUGGGAGGUGAAAGAUGAGGGAGAGAGAUCGAGAGGUCGCGGCGGAGGAGCAAGGGGCCGUGGUGGUGGCUCUGGCAAAGAUAGAGUUGAUGCACUCGGUAGAUUAUUGACACGUAUAUUGCGGCAUAUGGCUUCUGAGUUGAAUUUGGAUAUGCGGAGUGAUGGAUUUGUGAGGGUUCAUGAUAUUUUAAAGCUGAACUUGAAGACAUUUGCUAAUAUUCCAUUGAGCUCACAUACUGUUGAUGAGAUCAAGGAGGCUGUCAGAAGGGAUAAUAAGCAGCGUUUCAGCCUCUUGGAAGAAAAUGGGGAACUUUUGAUACGUGCAAACCAAGGCCACUCAACAACGAUAGUUGAAACUGAAAGAUUAUUAAAGCCAAUCCUUUCAUUUGAAGAAGUUCCAGUAUGUGUGCAUGGAACUUAUAGGAAGAAUUUGGAUUCAAUAUUAGAGUCUGGUCUGAAGUGCAUGACAAGAUUGCAUGUACACUUUGCAAGUGGCUUGCCAACAGAUGGGGAAGUGAUCAGCGGUAUGAGACGGGAUGUUAACAUUUUGAUCUUUCUUGAUAUCAGAAAAGCUUUAGCUGAGGGAAUGAAGUUCUAUAUUUCAGACAACAAGGUGAUCUUGACUGAAGGCUUUGAUGGUGUUGUUCCAGUCAAGUACUUCGAGAAAAUAGAAUCGUGGCCUGGUAGAAAGCCUAUAGUUUUUUGAACUUGGUCAUUCAAUUACAUUCCAUCUUUCCUUUGGCUUUUCUUUUUUGCAGGGUUGUUUACAUUCAUUUACAUUCCAUCUUCUUUUCCCUUUUUAUUUUUAUUAUUUAUUUAUUAUUAUUAUUAAUAUUUUUUUUUUUUGGGUAAAUUUGUAACACUUGCUGCAUAAACUGGUGUUUGUUAGCCCUCAUCAAUGGAAAUGAAAUUACUGCUUCUGAUGUUCAA